AUGGGAAUUAUUUAUUUGAAUUGUGGGGGGUGUUCGAGUGGAAACUAUCCAUCUAGCUCUGAUUUAAAUCCUUCUUCACCUGGUGCAUAUGUUAGAGGUCAAAUAUCUCUAUCAUCAGAAUACACAUUUUAUUUGCAUGUUUGUCAUCAGGGAGAACAUGAGAUGAAAUAUUAUGCAUAUGGUGGAGGAGGUCCUGGACAGCAAGGAGGUGGUGGAGCAACCGAUAUUAGAUUAAAACCAGGAAAAUACGAAGAUUUUGAUUCAUUGAAAAGUCGAAUCAUCGUAGCAUCUGGUGGAGGAGGUCCUGAUACCGACCAAAAAGGAGGUCCUGGAGGAGGUUUAUAUGGUCAUAACAGCACAAAUAAUUAUAGAAUGGGAGGGACACAAAAUCAAGGAGGAAAUGGUUUUAUCAAAGGAAAAUUUGGAAUAGGGGGUGGAAAUCCUGACAAAAUUAACGGUACCGGAAAUGGUGCUGGAGGUUCAGGGUACUUUGGAGGCGGUUCUUCUAAUAUUUCUACAGAUUUUGGCGGUGGUGGUGGGAGUAGUUUCAUCAGUGGUUACAAAGGAUGUAUUGCAAUAGCAGAAGAAUCAACUGAAAACAAUAUUUUUCCAAUCCAGAGAGAAGAUGUUUCUAUCCAUUAUUCAAAUCUUAAAUUUGAUUUUGGUGAGAUGAUUGAUGGCAAAAGUCCUAUGCCAUCACCAUCAGGACCCACAGAAAUAGGUCAUCAUGGCAAUGGAUUCAUUCGUAUUACAUUUCUUUAUAAUCUUAAUUUUCGAUGCUCUUUUAAUCUCAUAAAUUAUUUCCUAAUUCCAAAGUCAUUUUUGAUUUACUUAGAUAUUUUUAUUUCUAUUAAAUAA